AUGACUGAUCUGACGACUGGCUGCCAUGCUCUAAUUGAUGGAUACGGCACCACCCCGUACGGCUACCUACCGGCCUUUGCCCCCGGCGUCGCCUUCUGUGCGUUGUUUGGCCUUCUAGCAGGUAUACACAUCAUCCAAAUGAUGAUAUACCGACGGUUUUGGUGGACCAUACUGUUUGUGGUAGGCUGUUUGACUGAAGUCCUGGGGUGGGCGGCCAGGAUCUGGACCACGCGAUGCCCGUACAACCUGAAUGCAUUCCUGAUUCAGUUCUCCACUCUAAUCAUCGCCCCCACCUUCUUCACCGCCGCUAUCUACGUUCUGCUCGGGUGUUUUGUGCAAAUCAUGGGUCGGAGGUCCUCCUUCCUCAGCCCGCGCAGCUACCUCUGGAUCUUCAGUGCCUGCGAUCUCACUUCCAUCGUCAUUCAGGCCGUUGGGGGUGGCAUUGCUUCCGCGGACUCGAAGAAGGUCAACGGCAACCUUGAUCACGGAUCUAAUAUCAUGCUCGCCGGGGUAGUGUUCCAGCUCUUAUCCAUCACGAUCUUCAUUCUCUGUGCCUGUGAUGUUUUCUAUCGGGUCCAUAGACUGCGCCUAUCUGCCUCGGGCGCAUCCAUCGCCCUCUGGCGCGGGGUGCUGGCCGCGGCUACGGUUUGCAUCUACAUCCGAUGUAUCUACCGCACCGUCGAGCUCGGGCAGGGGCCCGGCGGCUAUCUUCUGCUGCAUGAAAAUUACUUGAUUGCCUUGGAUGCCGUGAUGAUGGUGCUCCUGGUGGGGAUCUGUGCCGUCUUCCACCCGGGUUGGCUCACUCCGCAGAAGGAGUUUUCGCGUCUCAGUGAGGUUUAUUUACUGGAUAGAGUAAGUAGACCGGAAUGA